AUGGAAGCGGAAAAGGAGAGGAACCGCAUCCGGGAUAACCAGCGCCGUUCGAGGGCUCGGAAGAAAGAGUACGUUCAAGAGAUUGAGCAACGUCUUCGGCAAUGUCAACUUCAAGGAGUCGAGGCUUCUGCUGAAGUACAGCAGGCGGCACGCCGAGUUGCAGAUGAGAACCACAAGCUUCGACAACUACUUCAACAUGUAGGCUAUGGCGACGAAGUCGUUGAUCAGUACAUUCACACCGGCAAGCUCGCUUCUCCAAGUCAUCGCGGCCUGCAUAUUGCAAACUCGAGCGGCAGCUUGGUUCCUGAGAAAGCGACAGAAACGUUGGAGGGUCUUUUGGUUCCACGGCGGCCACCAUGCCUCGAUAUCCAGAUGCCGAUUCUACCAACAAGUAGAAACACAAGCCCAGACCGAACCUUGUCAUACGGUCCUACGCCAGACUCGCCUGUUGAAGAGUAUGGUUCUCCGUCGGAAUCUGUCCAUCCAAUCCAUGGUUCGGCGGUGGUUUCACCGACAGACUUUGGCUCCCAACAGGUCUACGCUCGCGCCGGCGACAUGAAAAACCGAGAUUACGCAGGCCAUCACCACCGCCCACUUGAGGUCGAGUGGGCAAAUACCCACCAAAAUCAGUCACCCCAUGGUAUUUCAUCAAAUGUUCAGGGAUUCGGGGCGAAUCAGGCGCUCGAUUAUCAUCCGCCAUUCCCGGGCAUCAAUCCUUCAGCAGGCAUGCUACCCCCAACAUGCGCCGGACCGCCAUCUAUGCCGUACACAUCGUACCCGACUUUUCAUCCCCAGCCGCCAGCGUUCGUCGCAGCUGCUACUGGUCAUAUUGGACAUGUCCCCGUCACUGAAGGGGAUCCUGCUAUUGAGGAUCGCAAACCUCAGUAUAGACACCCAGAAGACCAUUCUUGGUCAUCAUCGGACCCCUUUACCAGAUCGCAAUACAAUCCCCGACACAACUGA